CUAAUCUGUCACUGCAGGGGUGCCACUCUAGCCUUAUCAUUUGAGAAAACGUGCCUAGAAACAAGACACGAACUAAUUGCACAAAUACAGGACUGUUUUGGAUUAUGAGUGGGCACUAAAAAACGUUGAAGAUUGAAGCAGUGGAUUCAUCACUGUAAGAUGAAAUAAAGUCAAGAUAGGUCAACGACAAGAGGCUCUACCGGGCUGGCCGGGCGCACCGGUGACCUUAUCGAUUUCACCAGACGGCUUCUGGCGGGUGCCAAAUCCAGAGGUGAACGUCGCAAUCCAGGUUAAAAAGGGAAAGAUUGAUCCAUUUUGUGAGUGAUGCCAGAGUUAAAUCAAACAUGCACCAACAUAUGCAAGUGCCACCCUUGGAAGGAAGAGCUCGCUGUAAUUAUAUAAAUCUGCCUCUGAUUAAUGGGGACAGACUGAAGACAGCUAAGACUCUAGUGGACAAGGCAAUAAAGGAGAAGAAAGUGUUCUCUGUGCAAGGUCCAUAUCCUGUAAUCCGUGCAGGCCUACGUGCAAGAGGAUGGGUGGAGCGGCGGCUACCACGGCUCUCUGUCCCACGGCCUCGUCGACAUGAUCUUGAAACAGAAGCCACAGAUGAGGGUGACAGCAGUGAUGAUGAUGACUUAGGAGAGGAGGGAGAGAGGGACGAUGAGGCAGAUGAUCUGUAUGACCUAAUGUCACGGUUGGUUCGCAAUGAGACGGCAUAUUUCUACUGGACAACAAGGAGGGAUUCAGUCGACUGUCGGUCUUUACGUAAAGACCAGAUGACCAAUCAUUACGCAAAGGCGGGAUCUUUCACCACCAAGGUUGGUUUGUGUAUGAGUUUGAGAAAUCUGCAGUGGUUUGAUGCAGCAGAUCCCGAUACAUUCUUCCCACGCUGCUACAGACUGGGGGCGGAGGAUGAUAAACAUGCUUUUAUUGAGGACUUUAGACGGACUGCAUGCACAAGUCUACUGAUGUAUGUUUUGGAGAAGUAUGCAGGGGAUUCAGAGUGGGAGAGAACCAGAGAGGUGCAUGAUGCUAAAUCUCAUGGUCUGAGCAAGCCUCGUAAACAGCAUGCCAAUCAGAGGGUUGGAAGCUCGAUAAUUGACAAUGCAUUGUGUGUAUGUCAGGAGUAUCUGAACAGUUUAGAACACUGUGACAUAGACAUGACUUUGGAAACAACCCCUACCCUCUCAGAGCAACAGUGGAAGGUGUUUCUUCAGAAUUAUUAUUUAGUUAUUCAUGAAGGACUGACGAUAGAGGGCUGUGAAGAUUAUGUGGAGCGUUGUAAAUGCAUGUUGGAGCAGAUGCGUUGUUUUUGCCCCCAGAUGGAGACUGAUGGACUCUGCAACAUCUGGAUCAUUAAACCUGGGGCCAAGUCACGAGGCAGAGGUAUAAUGUGCAUGAACAAGCUGGAUGAGAUAAUGAGUUUAGUAGAUGCAGACCAUGACAUCAUGAAGGACAGUAAGUGGGUGGUGCAGAAGUACUUGGAGCGACCUCUCCUCGUGCAUGACACUAAGUUUGAUGUAAGACAGUGGUUCCUGGUUACAGACUGGAACCCACUUACUGUGUGGUUCUACCUUGAGUGCUACCUUCGCUUUUCUACCCAGCCUUACUCCACUCAUACAUUGGACAGUUCUGUACAUCUUUGCAACAACUCCAUCCAGAAGCAUUUUCAACCAAGCCCAGAUCGCAAUCCUUCUCUACCCGCUGAGUGCAUGUGGUCAUGUUCACAGUUCCGCUCCUGGUUGGCUGCUUCAGGCCAAGGUGACCUGUGGGAAGGGGUGGUGGUUCCAGGUAUGCAGAAGGCUGUUAUCCAAACUCUCUUGACUGCGCAGGACAGUGUGGAACCUCGCAAAGCCAGUUUUGAGCUUUACGGAGCUGACUUUAUGCUGGGACGGGAUUUGCGACCUUGGCUUUUGGAGAUCAAUGCCAGCCCCACCAUGGCACCCUCCACAGGAGUCACAGCUCGACUCUGCCCCGCUGUACAGGAAGACACUUUGCGGGUGGUGCUGGAUCGACGAUGUGACCGUAACACUCACACUGGCGGCUUCCAACUAAUAUACAAACAGAGAUGUUGUCCCAGACAAACGCUCGCCUCCGGUCGCUACAAACACGAAAUGCACACAGUCAAUAUAUCUUAUCCAGUCUUACGCGUGCAGAAAUACCUGUCACUAAACCAUAGACGGGCCAUGGACACUUUCACAGAGAGAGAGAAGGGCCAAAGUCAUCCUGAGGAAUCUUUUGGAGAAAGCUAUUUCAUUCAAACAGAUUAUUGUGAGUUAAUAUGAUCUAAAAGGAGUUUUCAAACCCAUAUACUUAUCAAUCUACUAUUAGAAAUAAGAAAGAGAACAGCAUAUUUAGUUGAGGAAGAGAAUUCCAGCACAUUUUUCCUGAGCACAGUUAUUUAUUUAUGUAGAUUUUAAAUCUGUCAUCAUUUACUUUUUAAAACCUGAAUUUUCUUCAAAAGUUAAUCUUAUGCAGAAUAUUGACUGUUCCUUUCCAUAUAAUGGAAGCAUACCUUGGCCAGGGCCUGUUAAGCUCCUAAAAAGACCAAAAAGCACCAUAAACACUUGACCAUACAACAGCUUUUAGAAUUUGGACUUUUUGGGUAAUCUACUGUAUUGUUUUACAACCAAAAAACACAUCUUUAACAAUACAUGAUAUUUAAUGUGAGAUAUACAGUAGUACUAUUAUGGAAUGCCUAGUUCUGUAUUAUAUUGAUAUGGGAAUCUUGACUGUAAUAUUAAGCUUAAUGGUGCUGAAUUUUGUAUUAUCCAGAAACAAUCAGGAUGCUUCAUUUUAAGCUGUUCUUUGACAAUGCUACUUAUCAGAAACACUAGUGACAUUCUCAAAAAAAAAAUGUAUGCAAUUUGAAUUAAGCUAAGUGAAAAUAAGAUUUGUAUAAAACUAAUUUGCACUAUUAUGAUGGUAAAACCUUUAACCAAACUCACCAAUGAAUGGAGGUAGCAUUCAUCUUUUUAAUCUUCCUAAUUUUUUGUCAGUGCUCAUCAUGUGGAUAUAAAUAAUGUAUGCUAAAUCCACCAUGAUAGCUUUUUAUAAUAUGUGUUAAUACAGUUUGGUAUGUCAUAAUGUCAAAAUGACAGGGUUUUAGGGACAUUUUUGUAUUUUUGCAUAAACUUGAUCAUCCUGAUCAUCUACAAUAAAAGGGAGCACUUGAAAUCACUGAAA